AUGUUGGCAAUUGGCGAUGUUAUUUUGAGAGGCAUCAACUUUGUUUUCUUGGUGAUCGCCCUUGGUUUGACCGGCUCGCUUGCCGCCACCACUGUCUACCAGCUGAACUCACAGGUCAACUUUGCCGUGUUUGCCGCUGCGUUUGGCCUCUUGACCUCCUCCUUCUACGGAGUGUUGGCCUACUUUGUGGCCUCCUUUGCGUGGCCUUUGAUUUUGGCUGUGCUCGACUUCUUGAACCUUGUGUUCACGUUCGCUGCCGCCACGGCCAUUGCCGCCAACAUCAGAGCGCACUCCUGUACUAACCAGGACUACCUUGACAGCAACACCAUUACUCAGGGUGAGACUGACAGAUGCAGAAAGGCCCAGGCCUCCGUUGCGUUCAUCUACCUCUCGUUCGCCAUGUUCUUGGCAUCCGGUGUGUUCUCCAUGAUCUCUUUGUUCAAGGGAGGCAUGUUCGGUUCCAAAAACACCUCCAAGGUCUAA